AUGCCUCGCAUGAAACAAACAACAUCAGCUGCAACACGUCGAACUUCAUCGACACAGUCCGUUACUCAUUUGGACCAGCUUACAACUGAAGUUCUUCGACUUCGCUGCGACCAACAAAAGCUACCAGCAACUGGAUCGCGUGCAACACUUCUGGCUCGUUUUCGCGAUGAACCAAGACCAGAAGAGAAUAUGAAUCCCUCCGUUGAUCCUGAACCAUCAUCUCCGAUUAGCGACACCGUAACUACAGCCUCCACCUGACCAAGAACAGACGCGGGGCGAUUUUACUAACGAACAGUUCGAAACCCUACAAUUCUUGAUUUUUUCGUCCCUUCGCGACGUCGCGCUUCCACAAGCGUCCAUUAUCACUGCCUUGCCAGAACCAGAUCUUCCUGCAACUCCGCCUUUGUUCCCGCCUCAUCUGCCCGACAAAUCAAUUGCAUGGAUACGCAAUGGUGAUUACAUUGACUUCAAUACUUUGUUGUUUGAAAACGUCGAUGGUCACAACGAGCAGUUGAGGAUAUCGUUUAACUCGCUGUGAGGGCCUGGGGUUUCCAUUCCCGUUUCUGUGGCUCCACAAAAACGCCAACGCGUUGAUUCCAUUGACCGCUGGCUCACUGCCUUCAACAUUUUUGCCCGCGUCGUAGUUCAUUUCUUCCCAUACAAGGCCUCUGAACUUUUCGCCUACCAGCAAACCAUUCGCGAUGCACAACGAAAGUUUUCUGGCAUGGCUUGGUAUGCAUAUGAUAUAGCUUUCCGUAAAAAGGCAGCAAACAGUGCCUCCCUUUCCUGGGCUCAACGGGAUCCUCAGCUUUAUCUGGAAAAAUUCACGGAGUUAGCAAAGACUGCUUGUCAUGCCUGUGGAAGCGCUGAUCAUUUCGCUAACGCGUUUCCAGUUGCACCCAACAGAUCCACGCCAACAAGACCCAGCGAUGACCUCUGUCGAAUCUACAACAAGAAAUUCCCCUGUGCCUCCAGCCCCUGUCCCUUCAAACACCGCUGUAACCGACCAGGCUUCGUCGGCCAUCACCCAGGAGCGGAGCAUGAUGAGAGAGCUGGCGAAUCGAGCAAUUCCCGACGAGAACGUUAA